AAAUCCUCCCUAUAAAUAAAGCCCCAAUUUGAACCUUUCAUACAAUUCACUGAAGUUUGAUCAAAAACCCUAACACUAGAAUUUCCCGCUUCAAUCUCGAACGAAAGCAUUAAUGGCGAUUCUCUCCGAUUACGAAGAACAACAAUACCAGAAGAAGCCGCCGAGCAAGCCGUUUAAUGCCUCCUUCGAUCCGUCGAAUCCGUUAGGGUUUCUGGAAAAGGUGUUUGAGUUCGUCGCCAAGGAAAGCGAUCUCUUCAAGAGCGAUUCGCUGGUGAAUGACGUCACUGCGGUUCUGAGGAUGGUGAAGGAUAAGGUGGCGGCGGAGGAGAAGAAGAAGGAGGUCAUGGAUCAGGUAGUGCCGCCGCCGAUGCAGCUCGCCACAAAAGAGGUGGUCAAGGAGGAUGUUAUUAUGGAGGACAAUGCCGAAAUUCAGAGUAAAGAUGAAGAUAAGAAGAAUGGCCGCCGAGCUCCAAACACGGGCAACGGCCUCGACAUGGAUAAUUACUCGUGGGGUCAAUCGUUACAAGAGGUUAACAUCUCUGUUCCUGUCCCGCCUGGAACAAAAUCAAGAUUCAUCGUCUGUGAAAUUAAAAAGAACCAUAUCAAAGUUGGCCUCAAAGGUCAGCCUCCAGUUCUUGAUGGGGAGCUUUUCAAUGCUGUGAAAGUCGAUGGUUGCUUCUGGAGUUUAGAGGAUCAGAAAUCUAUCUCCAUUAUGCUGACGAAGCAAAACCAGAUGGAUUGGUGGAAGUUCUUGGUGAAGGGUGAGCCGGAGAUCGACACUCAGAAAGUUGAACCGGAAAGCAGCAAACUAUCCGAUCUCGACCCCGAAACGCGUUCCUCUAUCGAAAAAAUGAUGUUUGACCAAAGACAGAAGCAGAUGGGGCUCCCAACGAGCGACGAGAUGCAGAAACAGGACUUGUUGAAGAAGUUCAUGGCUGAGCACCAAGAAAUGGACUUUUCGAGGGCGAAGAUGAAUUAGGAAUUUGGGAACUGGCGUUGAAUAAAUAGUUACAUAUGGAUUGAUGGAAACAAAUAUUCAUUUGCUCAACUUUGUUUUUUUUUUUUGUUUCUUCAUUUUUUACUGGUUUUAAUUGGACCCUGUCGAAUUGGGCUUUUGGGCCCAUUAUUAGAAAAAAAAGCCCAAUAUCAGACUAUAUAUUCUGCCAGUCAGUGUUGAUUUAUUUA